GUCGCGCGGAUCGGGCGGCACAUUCGAGGGCGUCAAGGGGCUGCCAUCUCGAGCAGCAGCAGCACGCGCGCGCGUGCAGCGCCGAGCGCCCCUCUGUAUGAUGCUGCGCCGCCCCACUACUGCAGAGGCCCUCGUUACAAGAACACUCGCUGUGUCGCACACCGCUCGUGAGUCACGCCGUACAGCCCGCAUGCCCCGCCCCUUCGCCUCCUGCACAGCAGCCCUCUCUCUCCCGCGCGCUCCCUGUGCCUCUCCCACCCUGUUCGUCCUGCCAUCUCGCACCACCCACUCAGUAACCGGCCCCCCCUGCGCACACACCCGGCACAAUCAGCACAUCAGGCACGUGGGCAGCAGGCAUUGCGCUCUCACACAGCAGACACAGCAGUGCCGCAGCAGCAACCACGUGUCUGUGCCGCCAUCACCAUCAGCUGUCCGCGUGCACCCUUCCAGCCAUCAAGCGCACGUAGGGCGGGUGAGUGCCAUCCGCUCUCCACUGCACACCGUCUGCGCCGCCAGGAGCCGACUGAGUGGGGGUAUGUCCGGGACUGCUGCUGACGCUGCAGCAGAGCAGCCAGCUGGGCCAAGCGGUGCGGAGGGCGCAGAGGGGACCGCAGCACAGGGGGCAGCAGAGGGAGGCGCCACAGGCGCGCUGGAGAAGAGUGGGGGAGGGGAAGGAGCACUGCAUGGGCGCGGGGAGGGGCAGGGACAGGCGCAGGGCGAGGGCGAGGGGGAGGGAGUGGCGGGGGAAGAGGAGGAUCCGUUGGUGCAGCACGUGGUGAUUCGGCGCGACCUGAUGGAGGCGCUGCAGUGGCCGCUGGGGUCGGUGAUCACACAGGGCUGCCAUGCCACUGUGGCCGUGCUGUGGCAGCACCGCCAUCACCCCAAUGUGCUCAAGUACUGUGGCCAGCUCGACUCUAUGCGCAAGGUGACCUUGGAGGUGAAGGGGGAGACGCAGCUGUUGAAUCUGUCCAAGAAGCUGCAGGAGGCGGGCAUCACGCACCGCGCCAUGGCAUGCAGCCCGCCGCGCAGCACUGCCUUUCUGAAAGGCGCAAUCAGUGUUUACCCUCGACCUACGCGCGUGUUUAGUCCUCUUCCACGCUCACUUUUGAGCCUUGCUAAAGGAAACGAUGACAUUCUUCGGUUGGAAUUCUUCCGGUCGCAGACCCCUCAGCAGCCGUCGCACAUCGUCGCACGUACGUCUGUGCGAUGCGACGCGGCUCGACAGGGUUCGUCUCGCCGCCAGAGCCAGCACUCAGUGAGCGCGGGUGCGACAGCGCGGGCCAAGGGGGCGAGAAGCCCUGCGGGGGCGGUGACCGCCGAGAGGCUAAGGGUGCGGAAGGAGGGCAGCGCGCCGAGGAAAGCGGAGGUACCCGCGCCGGGCGCUGGGCGCGCGAAUGGCGAGUUUGACGCAUUCGAGACGUGGCUGUGCGGCGAAGAGGCGCACAGGGAGAGCGCCAAGGGGGAGAAGGACGGCGGCGGCAGGGGCGCAGGCAGACAGCGGGGCGGCCCAGCGCAACCGCCGUCGGCUCCGACGCCCACGGCGCUGCAGAGAGCGGCGCAACCGCGCCAGCAGAAGGUGAGCGGCGGCGACCGCGCGAACCAGAAGACGGGGCAAUCAGCCCCUGCUGAAAACAAAAAGCCUGCGGAGGGGCGCGCUGCUCGUGGCGGAGUGGCGCACUCCGCCUCGAACGCGCAGCAGAACAAAGCUGGCGAGGCCCCGCGCUGCCGUGGCAGCAACGGUUGCCGACCCAGCACUGAUGGGGCCACCAGCAGCAGCUGCAGCAGCAGCUGCGGCAGCGUUGGGUGUACAAAGGUCGGGGCAGAACUGCCCAGGCAAGGUCGGUCUACCGGUGGUGAGGCUCCCUCUCCCCGAACCAAUCGACAGGCUAGGCGGGUUCGGAACUCGUAUGCCUCGCUGGCUGACGUGGCAAUGGCCGGCAUGACGUGGAUUGCCGGGCCAGAGGGAGUAAAGAUCGAGGGAAGCGUGCAGCGGUGGAGGGAGGGCGAGGGGCGGGAGAGGCGCGUGCUGGUGGAGCGCGCAGUCGUGUCGCUGCAGCUCUUCCUGCCGCUCUCGCUCGUCGACCUGUCGCUGCGUGCCAUGUGGCAGGGGAUCAUCAAUAAAUGGCCUGGCUUGUGUGCGAGCUCGGUGGGAGCGGCAGUGCAGGCAGCUUCUGGUGUAGGCUGCUGGUUCUCGCGACUGAGGGCGUGGUGUGUGGUGCUCGGCGCGCUGCGAGCAUUGCAUCUGCUGCUCUGUGCGGUCAAGCCCAGGCCGUGUGCCGCAUGA